AUGACGUGUAUCACCUCAAUUCCAACCACUGUCCUCUCUACAAACUGCGUUACCUUCAACUGUACCUUUGCCCCAGGUACAACCAAUUCUUACAACCUGAUGAUUCCAAGCGACAAGUACAAGAUCCUUUCGGGCUCUCUGAGAACGUUUACAAGAGAGGGAGACAGCGGCAAGAAUGUCACAUACAACUACUGCCAGAACUGUCCUACCGUUCUUUUCGUAAAAGCUGAGGCUUUGGACGGUGUCAACAUCGUCAAGAUGGGCACUCUCGAUGAUGAGAAUGUUUACGACAACUUGGGAAAGCCUGGUCUCGAGAUCUAUACCAAGAACCGUCCUCAGUGGUGCGAUGCUAUCCCCGGUGCUCAGCAGAAAGAGAGUGGUUCUUAG